AUGAAGGUCCUUGUCCUAGCACUGCUGUUAACCCUUGUGGGUUGCCAACAGCUUAAUAAACAACCUGUUUUUAAUCAAAACAAGUGUUACACAUACAAGUAUGAAUUCACGCAGUUGACCAGGGUUCCAGCUGAACGACAAUCAGGUGCUGGAAUAAAACUUUCAUGUAAAGCAGAGAUCUGUGGUUCCAGACCAGGAUUGUAUCUUAUGCGGAUGUUCGAUACUGAUGUAUUUGAAUACAACAGCAAUUCUCCAGUUCCUGAAUUCAUUCCAUCACCUAAACUGACAAAGUCAAUUGCAGCACAGCUUGGCAAGCGUGUUGCAUUUCAGUCAGAAAAUGGGCGCAUCAAAAAGAUCAUGGCUUCUGCCAACCACUCAGUUGACAGUGUUAACCUUUACAGAGGAUUUUUGAAUAACAUGCAACCCAUCAUAAAAGAUAAACAGCGUGAAUAUACUUUACUGGAGGAUGGUAUUGAAGGUCAUUGCAACACAACAUAUAUUAUUCCAGAUAGUGAAGCAGCAAACAGAAUGCUAGUGAUGAAAUCCAAGAACUUAAAUGACUGUCCUAUCAGAGUAGAAAAAGCUGUUGGUACUACAUAUGCUACUCCAUGCGCAGAAUGCAAAGAGAAUUCUCAAGCUGCUAUUACAUCUAGCUACUACAUCAAACCUACACAAGAUGGACCUGUAAUUGAUCAAGUGAUCGUUUCAGAAAUCCAUCGGUAUAUGCCUUUUGAUGAGAUAAAUGGAGGAAGUAUCGUAAUGGAGGCCAGCCAAAACAUUCAGUUGAUCAAAGAGGAGGAACACAGGCCAGAACCACUUCCAGCUAAUUUUAAGGAUUACGGAUCACUUACAUUCCAGUUCAGUGAUGAGUCAGAACAUUUUUCCACUCCUGUCAAGCAACUUGAACGCUUGAUUUUGGAUGACCUACAAUAUCUGACACAGCAAAGGUGGGAGAAGAUUUCAGAAGACAGUAUAAAGAAAUUCCAGCAACUUACCCAGUUUAUGCACAAAGCAGAUUAUGAAGUUUAUGACACAGUGUACAAAAAGUGUUCUGGUCAACCAGAAUGCAGGAGACAUUUCUGGGAUGCAGCUGUUUCUGCUAAUAAUCCUUAUGCAAUUAGACUCCUAAAAAACGAAUAUGAAAAGCAAGAAAUCACCGAUAUGGAAGCUGCACAGAUAAUGCUCGUAGGCUUCCAUUCCAUCAGCCCAUCUCUUAGACUUAUAGAAGAAGCUAAGUCCUUCCUGACAGAGGUUCAUAAACACCCACAUGGUUACCUUUUCAGAACUUCCUUCCUUGCCUAUGCAACACUAUGUCACAAAUACUGUAUUGCCUUAAGCAUCUGCCCUGAAUCAGUUCUCAAGCCUUUGAAUGACUUUGCAAAUGAAGUGUUAAGCAGACCUAAGGAUGAUGAUAUUAUCCUGCUUCUGCGAUCAUAUGAAAAUGUGCGACACCCAUCCAUCAUGAAACCCUUCAUGAAGUUCUUGCCAGGAUCUGGACAGUCCGAUUUGCCACUCCUAGUUCAGCAGGCUUUUGUGAGGUGUCUAAAAGGUUUUGCCAAGAAACAUCCUACAUGGGUAAGACGUACUAGCAUGCAAAUAUACCAAAACCGAAAGCUUCCUGAUUCAACCCGAAUACUUGCUGCAUGGAGUUUGCUUUCAACCAAACCAGAUCUUCCUGUUUUGAUGAUUUUGGCUAAAUCUCUGGCCUAUGAACGUAGUGCACAAGUAGAGUAUUUUGUCAUCUCUAGCCUGAGCAUGUUGGCCACCAGCUCAGCUUCAGAUCUACAAGCAGUAGCUUUUGCUUGCAGAAUGGUCCUAAAUAUAGUAAGAUCAAAAUAUGAACAACCUAAGUAUGCAGUUGGCAAAUUUUUCAUCUUUACCAAAGAGUCUAUUAUGGCUGGUAUGAAAGCUGAAGUUUUCAUUCUGAAUACUGCAGGAAGUAUGUUGCCAAAUUUUAUGUCAGCCAAAUUUGAGACAAAAUUUCUUGGAAAUCGAUUUUCUCCUUUUGAGAUGGGUCUAGGAAUUCCAUAUCUUUCAGAAAUCUUAGGAAAAAGAAGAUAUGAAGCUGACAGUGAUAAUGACAGGUCUGUCGAUGCAAGGAAGCUUCUGAAAAUGCGUUCUGGCCAGAAAAUGAUGCCUCGUGAAGCACCUCGUGUGGGAGGAUAUGUGCAAAUGUUUGACCAGAACAUCUUCGUUGGAUCAGCAGAUUCGAAGGCAAUUGUGGAAGCAUUACAGGAACUCUACAGACCAGAACGCAGAGACUCUUGGAUAACUAAUUUUACAUAUAGCCUUCAAAAAGGUGUUGCCAUUCAGUGGGUCAAAUCUUUAACUUCUGUUGAUGCCAGUUACGCUGUGGCUGUAUGUACUGGUUUACCUUUGGAAAGAAGCUUGACACAUUUUGCUAUCACAACAUUAGCAGGAAGUGCUAAAGCCUGGUUUACUCCUGAUCUACCACAAAAUCGUAUCCUGUCCAAAUUAAAUCCUGCUGAUGUUAGACUGGAAACCAAGUUGUCUUUCAGCAUAGACAAGCGUAUGAUCUUCAGGAUGGGAAUCCGAAACUCUCUGCUUCUGGCUGGACUGGAAGAAUAUGGCAAACUGACUGUAAAUCUCCCUAUCAACGCUGCUGUUGAUGUGAACCUUAGGAACAAAAACUUCAAGCUCGAAAUUCCUCCAUGCAAAGAGGAAACUCACAUAUUUUCUCUAAGCACUAAGACAUAUGCUGUUGUCGGUAAUGGGGAAGAGGCACCUGCUACUAAGUCAACUCCUGUUCUUCCCCCACAGACAGUGCCAAAAAUAAUAAACUGGGACUUUAAGCCAGAUUCUGUACAAGAAAAUAAACUAAAGGAAAGACGAUAUUCAGCAGGAAGCAGCUAUUUGACCGGACAGUCUGCCCAUCACUUAACUCCAGUUCUUCAAGAUGUGUGCCUCAAUGCAAGUACAUUUGGGUAUAAGGCUUGCAUUAAAUAUUCAGGUGUACCUGCUGGACUUGGCAAUGACAUACUCAAUCGCUUCUUAGGUGAACACAAUAUUGCAUGCAUCAUCUAUCCAGUCCAUUCAGAGACACCAGUUGAGAAGAUACAAGUCACAGUUCAGCUAGAUAAUCUAACUGCAGUAUAUGGACAUGGAGAUCAAACAACUGACGAUCAAACUAAGAAGUCAAAGAACAGAGCUCAGUGGAACUUAAAGAAAAUGGACAGCAGCAGUGAAAGGACAUCAAGUAGUUCCAGUAGAAUCACUGACGAAGAUGAGAACAGUAAAGAAAGGCCCCUGGAUGGUUUCGGUGGUCAUGAAGCUCAAAGUGGGCAACAUACCAAGCACCAUUCAAAGAGUCCAAAGAAAUCACAAAGUAGCAGCAGCAGUAGAAGCAGCAAACGAAGCAGUAGUGAGAGCAGUAGUAGUGUUAGCAGUGAGACCAGUGAAAGUAACACAAGAAGCAGUGAUAGCAGCAGUAGCAGUGAGAACAGAAGACGCCGCAGUAGCAGCAGCAGCAGCAGCAGUGAUAGCAGAAGCAGCAGAAGUAGCAGUGAGAGUGAGCAACAGAAAGGAAGGCAAGAGAGCAGGAGACAUGGCAGAAUGUCAUCAUCUGAUUAUUCAGACCAUGGUGAUGCAGACAGAAGACACAACAGGACUCUUGGGAAGCAGCAAACCAGCAGCAGCAGCAGCAGCAGCAGCAGCAGUGAGAGUGACUGGUCCCAUCAGGAUGAAAAAAGGAAGUCCAACCAGUUCAUUGUCAAAUCUGGAAAAACAUCCCAUAAAGACAGAACCCAAUACAACAGUAAUGACAGCUCUGAAAGGGGUGGAACUCAGAAAGAAAGAAGCCGAUCAUCAUCUUCCUCUGACUCAAGCAGCAUCAAUAAGGAUGGUAGCAGUAGUGAAAGCAGGAGCAGGAGCAGCAGUGAAAGCAGCAGCAAGAGCAGUAGUGAGAGUGGCUGCAGCAGUAGUGAAAGUGGCUGCAACAGCAGGAAACGCCAUAGGAACAGUCGGGAAAACAACUGUAGCAGUGGUAAAUGCAACAGCCACAGCAGCAGCAGCAGCAGCAGCAGCCGCAGAAGCAGCCGCAGCAGCCGUAGCAGUGAUUCCAGCUCAUCAGAAGAGACUGAUUUUCUGAGAAAGAAAGCUUCAACUAAACUCAUUUUUGCAGCUCAGGCCGUUAAAAGUAACAAUGAAAAACAAGGCUACCAAGCAACAGUAUUUGUCAAUCACAAAGACAACAAGCUUGAUAUGCAACUGGUUAUGGCUAAAACUGUUAUGGCUAAAACUGCCAAGAUUGGAUGUCUGUAUGUUCAUGUUUGGCCUUAUGAAGCUCAGGCCAGUCUGAACAUGGGCAAGCAGUGCCAGGAUAAAAAACUUGAAAUAAAAGUUUCCAAAGGCCAUCUUGCGACAAGUCCAGCAAUCCAAUUGAAGAUAAAAUCAAAGAAGUUUGCACCCAUCACUCUUUGGCUGAAAAGAUUUCUAUCUAAAUCAUACCUUAUUUCAUCUAGGUCUGAGGAAUUCCUUCCUAGUCUAGCAUCCUAUUUUGACUUUAACAGCAUCCGUCAAAAGAAUCCUUGUGAUGAGAUUGUGCUAAGAAUGGCUGCAUCAUCGCCACAAUCAGUUUCUGUCAUCUGUAAAUUGCCUGGGGAAACCUUGUAUAUGGAAGAUGUUAAUGUUCCAUGGCCUACAGUUAUUUCCCCACCUCAACAUCAUCCAAGUAAAGAAAUGACUGCCUUCAAUUUCCUUCCAGAAUUAGCUUCACGGAUGCUUAGAGAAGAUGAAGCUGUAUGUCAAGUGGAUGAAACAAGCAUUAGAAAUUUUGCCAACACGAGAUUCAAUGGCGCUUUUAAUGAAAACUGUAGAACCCUAAUAGCCCAAGAAUGCACUGAAAAUCCAUUAUUCUCUAUCAUAACAAGAAAACCCAAACUGGAUCUUCCAAGAGAACUUGAUAUCCUUCUGUCUACAGUAAAUAUCACAAUCUCACCUGCCCCAAAUUCCUCUCUCCUUGUAUCAUAUAAUGGAGAACCCAUGGACAAAGAUGUAUAUGAGGAUGACAAAGAAGACAUCAGAAUCUACAGAAAUGAGUCUGUUGUUUGCAUUCAGGCUUCACAUUAUGGCCUAGAGAAUGUGACUUAUGAUAGUAAAACAAUAUGGGUUACAGUUUCAUCAAAGAUGAGAGGUAAGACCUGUGGGCUUUGUGGAAGCAAUGAUGGAGAAAAACGAAAUGAAGGUCGCAUGCCAAAUCUGGAGCUAGCACACAGCGACAUGGCUUUUUUCCAUUCCUGGCUUUUGGAAGACAGUGAUUGUGUAACAGACUUAAAUCCAGAGAUGGAAGAUAUUUCUCAGUCAGCUCAGCAGUACAGCAGAUGAUUUUGCCUGAAUUAGAGAAGAAUUUGGACAGCAUAACCGUUAUCAAGGAUAUAAUGGAAUGUGCCAAAACUGCCCUAAAAGUAAAGAUGCCAAAUUAAUGAGUAAAUACUACACAGGGAAUGUUCUGCUACACUGCAAAACAUAAAAUCCAAUGUAUUGUGCACUGCAUGAAAUUUCUUAAUAAAUAAAAUCAGUUGUUAAAUAAA